UCUGAGCUUAGCAACUCUCAACAAAGUGUGCAAACAUUGUCCUUGUGGCUUAUCCACCACAGAAAACACUCGAAGACUAUUGUUAAUGUAUGGUUCAACGAGCUAAAGAAAGCCCAGGUAUCUCGUAAAUUGACCUUCCUUUACCUGGCCAAUGAUGUUAUUCAAAACAGUAAGAAGAAAGGACCAGAGUUCACACAGGACUUUGCACCGGUCAUUGUUGAAGCAUUCAAACAUGUGCACAGGGAAGGUGAAGACGGCUGUAAAAAACAAUUGAAUCGGGUGUUGUCCAUUUGGCAGGAAAGAGCAGUUUAUGAGAAUAACCUGCUCAAUCAGCUGGCUCAGAUCUUAAAUGAAGAAAAGAAACCUAAGAAACGAUCUUAUGAGGACAUCCACCCUGAUGAUGAGGACUUUGCUUCUCAGAGCUCACCAACUGAACCUCCACAGACAGCAGAGUUAAUCCGAGCUCUACAGGAGUUGGAAAAUGCAGCAUCUAGUGAUUCAGUUUUGCGGCAGCGAAUCUCGUCUCUUCCUGCUGAAGUACAAGACACGUCACUGCUUCAUAGGAUCACAGACAAAGAGUCGGGGGAGAGACUCUCUCGUCUGGUUGAGGAGGCUUGCAUGUUGCUAGCAGACUACAGUGGUCGUUUGGCAGCAGAGAUCGAUGAUCGACGACAACUGACCCGCACACUAACAACUUUUCUUCAAAGUCAGAAAGAUGGCCUUGCUCAGAAUGAGCAAAAACUCGAAGAUUAUAAACGCAAACUGGCACAAGUUACCCAGGUCCGGAAAGAGCUGCGCUCCCGUAUCAAUAAGCUUCCAUGAGGGCUUUAAAACUCUGAACUGACUCCCAAAAUUUACUGCUGUUAAAACAUCUCAACCUAUCACAGCUUAUUCUAGUCAUUUAAUACAUGUUCUUUUGGUUUUAUCUGAAUGAUUUGAAUUAGUGUAAAUUAAUAUUUUCAACCAUCAUGUUACAGCCAAAUGCACAAACAAAAUUACAGUGAGAUGGUCAUUUUUCUAAUGAGUUUAUUCAUCAUUACACAUUGCUGUACUGUAUGUCCUCAUAACCCCUCAUUUCAUCAUCUGCAGUAUUUUAUGUUAAGGUCAUGUUAAGCUGUUUGCUUUUUAGUGUGUGAAAACAAUUGUCAAUAAUGUAUUUCUGCAUCAUGUAUGAAGAUUGGACAUAUUUGAUGUGUGGUGAUGGCCACGAAUGCUGUCAUGUAUAGGUUCUCUAAACAUUGUAGCCUAUGUAAUUGUAUGUACUACAUAGUUUCUGCAGAUGUGCUCACCUGUAAGUAUGUUUGAAUUUGACUGGUGAAUUGUUUGUUAGAUUGUUUUACAUAUAAACACA